AUGACUGAAGUUUUCAUCGGCGAGUCGCUUGCCAGGUGGGAGGCUCAGUUCGUCCUGCUUGAUUGUGCGAUAGGGUUGCGCACUGAGUUCCGCACGGCACUAGUGCUUGGGGAUGGCAGCACGGAGCGGGAACGCGGGGACGGCAGCACGGAGCAGGAACGCAGGACACCACGCGGCGGCGAAACGGACCGAGCGCGUGGAUCGGUCAUCGCUGAAAGCACGGCACUAGUGCUUUUGGAUGGCGGCACGGAGCGGGAACGCGGCGACGGAAGCACGGAGCAGGAACGCCGGACACCACGUGGAUCGGCCAUCGCUGAAAGCACGGCACGAAUGCUUGUGGAUGGCGGCACGGAGCGGGAACGCGGGGACGGCAGCACGGAGCAGGAACGCCGGACACCACGUGGAUCGGCCAUCGCUGAAAGCACGGCACUAGUGCUUGUGGAUGGCGGCACGGAGCGGGAACGCGGGGACGGCAGCACGGAGCAGGAACGCCGGACACCACGUGGAUCGGCCAUCGCUGAAAGCACGGCACUAGUGCUUGUGGAUGGCGGCACGGAGCAGGAACGCGGCGACGGAAGCACGGAGCAGGAACGCCGGACACCACGUGGAUCGGACAUCGCUGAAAGCACGGCACUAGUGCUUUUGGAUGGCGGCACGGAGCGGGAACGCGGCGACGGAAGCACGGAGCAGGAACGCCGGACACCACGUGGAUCGGCCAUCGCUGAAAGCACAGUACUAAUGCUUGUGGAUGGCGGCACGGAGCGGGAACGCGGCGACGGAAGCACGGAGCAGGGACGCCGGACACCACGUGGUGGCGAAACGGAAUGUGGUUGUCACUUCGCAGCUUCGGAAGAUUUCACGUGCAAAAGAGUAUGA